CUUAGGUGAUGUCUACCCCGAUUUGAUCUCAGUAUCCCUCGAUCAUAUGACAUCAAAAUUAAGAGAUUAAUCAAUUUUCAUGCAUUUGUAGAAGCUAAUUAACCCUUUAGACAGCAUUAAAGGUAGAUCUCCUUGGUCAUCUUCACCAUUUUUACCGGCUAAACCAUUUGGUUAGCCUCACCAAUUUAAGCAUCAGAGAUGGUUGCAAUGUAGAAACAGUAGCCUACCAGUUGAGCCCUACUAGAGUUAACAAAAUCUAAAAUAGGAUAAUACAAUGCAACCAAUAGAAAAAUUAUAUUUAUAUACAGAAAAAGAGGAAGAGCCUCUCCCUCUCUCAAUAUUAUCCCUUGGUUUUUACAUGCAUACAUUACAUUGGUUUCAAUUCCAAAUCCAAAAAAGAAAGAGAGAAAAAUGGAUCAGGUGUUGAACAAGGUAGGCACGAUGUGGGUGGGCCAUCAAGCCGACAAGCAACUCGGUUCCGUCGGCAACGAAAUCGACGUUGUGGCUCAUCAAUGCAUUUCUGUAUUUGUUUUUCUGCUCCAUAAUCAGCAAAUCUCCAGUAGUAUUGAAGGAGGAGCCAAAUGGUUGGUUAAUACAAUCAAAGGGAAAGUACAAAAGCCAUUACCAGAGCUGUUAAAGGAGUAUGAUUUGCCAAUAGGCAUCUUCCCUUGUGAUGCCACCAACUAUAAGUUAGAAGAAGAGACAGGGAAGCUUACUGUUCAUCUCCCAUCAAUAUGUGAAAUCGAAUACAGGGACUCAUCUGUUCUACGCUUCUUCACCACUGUGACUGGCCAUUUAGCGAAAGGAAAGCUCGCAGAUAUAGAUGGUAUGAAGACAAAAAUGAUAUUAUGGAUAAAAGUAUCAUGCAUCACUUCUGAUGGAUCAAAGCUGUAUGUCAGUGCUGGAAUAACCAAAACCAGGAACAGAGAUGCUUAUGAGGUUAAUAGGGAUGGUAUAGGUGUCGACAAGUUCUAGAUUUGUUAGAAGUAUGUCUAUGGGGAAAACCUAUGUAUUUGUUUUAACUCCUCUCUCAUAGCCCUUUGAACCUUUUGUGGUAAGGCUUUUUACUCUGUUCUAACAUUGAAGGUGGAAAUGUCAUGGCUCAUAUUAGUUGUGUGGAA